GGGCAAUGGAGGGGGAGGAAGGUGGUUGGCACUGGAAGGACAAUGGGAGGCAUCCUUUUGCAGAGGAAAGAGUCUGUAUGUUGAGUGCGCCGAGGUACUACAACUUAAGACGCCACCGGUGGGGGAAAUGGGUAAAGCGUACACGGUGAUCUCUGUAUUAUUUGUUAUAAGUGCAUGUGAAUCCUCCAUGAGCUGGUAAGAAAUAUUUUAACUAAAAUAGAGUUGAGCAGUCCAGUACAGGUUGCCCUGAGUAUUCUGCCAACAGACUGACCUACCAGGUCAGUCCCCAGGACGGGCUCUACCCCUAGGAAUGGCAUCCCUCCUCCAGAGGAGGCAUUUCCCAAAUGCCCCAGGAUAGGAGUUGGCACGGAAGGAGAGCCAAGCCGGCGAUGAAGACACUCUCCACCGGACACAGGAACGCUGAGAGGCAACACUAAGAAGCGGCCUCCACACUGGACGGCGGCCUCCACUGGCGAGCCGCUGCUGGUAAAACAAAGAGAAGGCCGUGGGCAGGCGGCACUGAGAGCAAACUAAGCGCAGUCCGCGGCGGCGCUACUUGAAAGUCAGCACAGAUCCACCCAAAUGGAGCGCUCGCCGCCCCACGGCUAGCGGGGCGCUCCCGCGGGGGUUCCGCGCCUCCCCUCCGCCAGGUGGAGCCAGUACUCGCAAGGGAGCCUCCGUGGUUCAGAGGUCACACCCCGGCUGAAGUAAACUGCGCUCAGGCGGCCUUCAGGGGCGCGACCCCAGCGUCUUUCCUCGGCCCACGCCCGGGCGCUGAGCAGAGACGACCUUAGCGGUCCUGCACCUAGCGGUCCUGCACCUAGCGGUCCUGCACCUAGCGGUCCUGCACCUAGCGGUCCUGCAGGUCCCUGAAUCCUCUUGGGAUCUGCGCUGAAGAAAGGCGGGAGCUCAGCCGCGCGCCCUGCCUCCGCCGCCAUGGCCCAGCUGCGAGCCUGCGAAGUCCGGCAGCUGCUGCACAACAAGUUCGUGGUGGUCAUGGGGGACUCGGUCCAGCUGGCCGUGUACAAGGACCUGGUACUCCUGCUGCAGAAGGACUGCCUGCUGUCCUCCAGUCAGCUGAAGGCCAAGGGCGAGCUGAGCUUCGAGCGCGACAUGCUGCUGGUGGGCUGCAGCAGCGGCCGCAUGCACUACGGCCGCCACUACCGCGAGGUGCGCCAGUUCCGCUCGGGCCACCACCUGGUGCGCUUCUACUUCCUCACGCGCGUGUACUCGCACUACGCGGAGCGCGUCGUGGAGGAGCUGCGUAGGUCCGAGCCCGCCCCGGACGUGGUGGUCAUGAACUCCUGCCUCUGGGACCUGGCCAGGGAUGGCCGGGGCUUCCCCAGGAGCUACCGGCGUGACGUGGAGAGCCUGUUUGCGCGGCUGGACUGGGCGCUGCCCACGUCCUGCCUCUUGCUGUGGAACACGGCCAUGCCUGUGGCUGACACCAUCUCGGGAAGCUGCCUCCCUUGCGCGCGCCAUCUCCGCCGCGCCCACCUGCGCGAAGACGUGAUGGAGGCCAACUUCUACAGCUCCGCCGAGGCGGAGAGGCGCGGCUUCGACGUGCUGGACCUGCAUUUCCACUUCCGCCACGCCGCGCGGCACCGCCUCCCCGACGGCGUGCACUGGGACGAGCGCGCGCACCGCCACCUUUCCCAGCUGCUGCUGGCCCACCUGGCAGACGCUUGGGGCGUGGACCUGCCCCGCCGCGAAGCCGUGGACGGGUGGGUCAGGCAUGGCCACGCCAACAGACGUGCAGCCCCGGCGGGCCGAAGGCGGCCCCGAGACGACCCAGCGGACCCACACGGCCGAGGGGACCGAGCGGGCAGAGGAGACUUCCGCUCCCCCCGACCGCCCACUUCGUUCUUUCCCUGGGCUCGACCGCCUUUCCCUCCCCGCCGCCAGGUCGCGUAUCUGCCCUCCGACCGGCAUUUCUCCAGCGACUCCUCCACGCGCCACAUCCGACAUAGAAGCGAAGAAAACGCCAGGGUUGGCCGCGGGUCGCGGCCGGGCCCCAUCCGCACAAGCUCUGCCCUACACCGAGAGAGGGGGCAUUCUCCUUACCGUCCGUGGCGCCCCAGCGAGCCACGCCUAAGCCAGCGAAGCCGCACACGCACACACAGAGGGGUCCCGAGAACACCCAGGCUUCAGUAGCCAGACCUGGGAGAACGUCCUGUCUUCCCCAGCAUGGUCAGUGGGCUGCCUGACCACUAUCACACGGGCCUGGCCUUGAGCAACUCUUCCAAGGUGGGGGGUAUUUUUUUACGCUUCCUACUCUAAUCAGUGAACCACUUGCCACAUCACUCCUCUUUGCCAGAGCUUCCAUGCCACUUCUUGGGAAGGGAGCAGGGACCCAGACCACCAGGCCGUUCUCCUCUAAGCAUUUAGAGAGAAAUGAAGUCUACAUGAAAGUGCUCCUCGCCUUAAAAAACAAAAAAAGAAAAAGAAAAGAAAAAAAAAAAGAAAGUUAAGCCAUACCCGAAUGUAAGUCUUCAGGCAGUAUUUCCCAUUGACAUUCUUCCAAAAAAAAAGGUAAAAAUUUUGAUGCUUAGAACUUAAACAUUUCAAUUAAGAUUUCCAUUUCACCGUUCGUUUUUGCGUAUAUUCAUAGAACCGAGUAUCUAAAGCUUUCACCUAAGUUGUCUUACAGAUUCUUUACAUUUCUCUGUGCUUCAACAUAGCAUUUGCCCUAAAAAAAAAUUCCAUUCACUAAUGCAAGGUUGUUUAUUUUCUGUUAGAAACAUGAUCUUUAAAGUUCAUCGAAUGCCUAGCAAAUUUUUUAAAAUAGACUUUUUACUUUUUUUUUUUAGAUAGGGUCUCACUGUGUUGCCCAGGCUAGAGUGCACUGGCUCAAGCGAUCCUCUUGCCUCAAGCCUCUCAAGUAACUGGGACCACAGGCAUGCACUACCAUGCCUGUCGAACUUUUAAAAUUUUUUGUAGAGAUGGGGACUUGCCAUAUUGCCCAGGCUGUUCUCAAAGUCCUGGACUCAAGCAAUCCUCCUGCCUAGGCCUCCCACAGUGUCGGGAUUACAGGUGUGAGCCAGGGCACUUGACCUAGAAUUUAAUUUUUAGAGCGAUUGUAGGUUCACAGCAAAAUUGAGUGGACAGUACAGAGAGUUUCCAUAUACUUUUUUGAUUUCACACAGGCAAAGCCUCCCCCACUAUCAGCAUCCCACGUGUUUGGUACAUUUGUUGUCUUUGAUGAAGCUACGUUAACACAUCGUUAUCACCCCAACACCAUAGUUCAUUAGAGUUCCUUCUUAAUGUUCUCCAUUCUAUGGGUUUUGACAAAUGUAUAAUGGCAUGUAUCAUCCAUCAUUAUAGUAUCAUACAGAAUAGUUUCACUGUCUUGAAAAUCUUCUCUGCUUUGUCUCUGCAUCCUUCCUGCUCACCAACCCCUGGAAACCAUGGAUUUAUAACUGUCUCCAUAGUUUUGUUUUUUGCAAAAUGAUAUAUAGGUAGACAUACAAUAUGUAGCCUUUUCAAACUGGGCUCUUUUGAUUAGGAAUUUAAGUUCCCAGCCUGUCUUUCCAUGGCUUGAGAACUCAUUUAUGUUUAAUUUUUAAUUUUUGUGAGUAUAUAUUUAUGGGGUACAUGAGAUGUUUUUAUACAGGCACGCAAUGUGGAAUAAUCACAUCAUGGAGAAUGGGGUAUCUAUCCCUUUAUGCAUUCAUGCUUUGCGUUACAAACAACCCAGUUACACUCUUGGUUAUUGUAAAGUGUACAAUUAAGUUAUUAUUGACUAUAGUCACCCUGCUGUGCUAUCAAAUAGUAGGUAUUAUUCAUUCUUUCUGUUUUUUGUAUCCAAUAACUCAUUUUUUUUAGGGCUGAAUAAUAUUCCAUUGUCUGGAUGUACCACUGUUUAUUCACCUAGUGAAGGACAUUAUGGUUUUUUCCAAGUUUUGGCAAUUAUGAAUAAAACUGUUAUGAACA